CACAGCCACCAUGGGAGAGAAUGCUGGUGCUGAUCAGGUCAAGGAGAAUCUGCUUCAACUGAAAUGUCACUUCACAUGGACACUGCUGUUUGAAGACGCUGACAUUCCUGAUUUGGAAAUGAGAAUCUCAGAGCAGAUCAAGUUCCUAGACAUCAUGAGCCCAGUGGGGAUGCACAACCUCCUGGCCUAUGUGAGACAUCUGAAAGGCCAGCAUGAGGAAGCCCUGCAGAGCCUGAGAGAAGCAGAAGCCUUGGCCAGGAGAGAGCAGUUGGGCAGGAGAAGUGUGGUGACCUGGGGCAACUGUGCCUGGGUGCAUUACCACAUGGGCAGCUUGGCAGAAGCCCAGAGCUACCUGGACAAGGUGGAGAAUACUUGCAAGGAAUUUGCAAGUCCCUUCCGCUACAGGAUGGAGUGUGCCGAGAUGCACUGUGAGGAAGGCUGGGCCUUGCUGAAGUGUGGAGGACGGAAUUAUAGACGAGCCAUGGCCUGCUUUGCAAAAGCUCUGGAAGCUGAGCCUGAAAACCCCGAAUACAACACUGGCUAUGCUGUAGCCGCCUAUCGUCAAGACUUUGAUGACAAAAAUAUGUCUCUGGGACCCCUGAGGAAGGCUGUCAGGUUAAAUUCAGCAGAUCCAUAUAUUAAAGUUUAUCUUGCCCUGAAACUUCAGGACACAGGAGACACAGAUGAAGCAGAAAGACACAUCAAAGAAGCCCUCAGCAGCACAUCCUGUCAAACCUAUGUCUUUCGACAUGCUGCCAAGUAUUACCUAAAGAAAGACUGCAUAGACAAAGCUCUCCAACUCCUACGCAAGGCCUUGCAGACAUCACCUGAGUCUGGCUACCUGCAUUACCAAAUAGGGCUCUGCUACAGGCAACAAAUGAUCCAACUGAAGACAUCCAGAAACAGACAGACCCGAAGGCCUGGCAGCAUUAAGGAAUUGGCACAACGGGCCAUCUGUGAAUUUCAGAAGAGUGUGAAACUGAGGCCCACGUUUGAGAUGGCUUACGUUUGCAUGGCUGAAGCACAGGCAGAAAUUCGCCAAUAUGAAGAAGCUGAGGCAAAUUUCCAGAUAGCGCUGAACAUGAAGAACCUCAGUGGGCACAUAGAGCAGGACAUUCAUUUCCACUAUGGCCGUUACCAGCAAUUUCAAUCAGAAGACACGGCCAUCACCCACUACUUAAGAGGUCUAAAAAUAGAAGAAACGUCCUAUGCCCAAAGGAAACUACUCAACGCUUUGGAGAAAGUGGCUGAAAGACGGGUUCAGGAGAAUGUUCGACCAGUGGAGAGCACCAGCCUCCUUGGGUUAGUCCACAAGCUGAAAGAGAACAUGCCCGAGGCACUGCUGUACUACGAGAGUGCUCUGAGGCUCACUGGGGAGAUGAACCCUGAGUUCUGAAUGCAGCUCACCUCUGCGAAGAUAAUGUACUCAUCACUGAGAUUCCAUUCCUCCUAACUGACUGCUUUCCCCAGAACUGCAGUCUUGCUGGAA